CGCCCCUUUACGGAUUACUUAAAAUGGCGGUCAUGGGGCGGGGCCGCCAGGCGCGGGGUACGCUGGGAACAGCGCGCGGGCUGCCGGGAACGGGGCGGAGCGCGGCCGCGCCGGCGCGUCGAGGGGGAGAGGCAGCCGCCGCGAUGGACGUGUUCCUCAUGAUCCGGCGCCACAAGACCACCAUCUUCACGGACGCCAAGGAGUCGAGCACUGUGUUCGAGCUAAAGCGCAUCGUCGAGGGCAUCCUCAAGCGGCCGCCGGACGAGCAGCGGCUGUACAAGGACGACCAGCUUCUGGACGACGGAAAGACAUUGGGCGAGUGUGGCUUCACCAGCCAGACAGCACGGCCUCAGGCCCCAGCCACUGUGGGGCUAGCCUUCAGGGCAGAUGAGGCCUUUGAGGCCCUGCGCAUCGAGCCCUUCUCCAGCCCACCCGAGCUGCCGGAUGUGAUGAAGCCACAGGACUCAGGAAGCAGCGCCAAUGAACAAGCUGUGCAGUGAGAGGUCCCCCAACCGCCCUACCCCCCCAAUAAAAGAGAUUUGGGUGUCCA